CACAGCUAUAUAUCAUCUUAGUAAUAACUCCUCUAGAGAAAAGGGAGAUAUCAAGAGUUUGAGAGAAAAUGGGAAAUGUAUUUGCUAUAAUGAAACCAAUAAUUCAUGGUGUAUUGAAAGCUAUUGGAAUGACAUCCCAAAUGGUGGAAAUAGAACCAGGAACUACUAUUCAUUUUUGGGUUCCAACUGAAACCAUUCAUUACCAUAACCCAAACAAUAAAUUACCAAAUUAUAAACCUAAGCCUGCAGUUGUAUUUGUUCAUGGAUUUGUUUCCAAUGGAAUUUUGACUUGGCUUUUUCAAGUGCUUUCCUUAAGAACUUCAGGUGCUGAUUUUAACAUCUACGUCCCUGACUUACUUUUCUUCGGAGAUUCCUUCACUGAUCGUCCCGAACGGUCAACGAGUUUUCAGGCAGAUUGUUUAGCAAAGGGAAUGAUGAAGCUUGGAGUGGAAAAGUUCUCUCUAGUUGGACUUAGUUAUGGAGGAAUGGUUGGGUUCAAGUUGGCUCAAUUGUAUCCUCACAUGGUUGAGUCUAUGGUUAUGUCAAGUACGGUUAUUGAGUUGACUGAGUCUAUUAGCAAUGUUUCGUUGAAGAAUAUUGGGUUCACAAAUUGGCCUGAUUUUCUUUUGCCCAAAACUGUCUCUGGAGUUAAAGUGCUUCUAUCUAUUGGUUCUCAUAAGUUGCCAUGGUUGCCUGAAUUUUUCUACAGGGAUUUUCUUGAGGUUAUGUUUGCCAACAGAAAGGAGAAAGCCGAACUUCUUGACGCUUUAGUAGUCAGUGACAAAGACGCUACUAUUAUCCCUAACUACUCCCAGAGGAUUUACCUUUUAUGUGGAGACGACGACAAGAUUUUUAAUGUGGCAGUGUCUGAUAACAUGAAACAGAAGUUGGGAGAAAAUGCGACAAUCGAUUACAUAAAAAAGGCAGGACAUCUUGUUCAGUUGGAGCGGCCCUGCUCUUAUAAUAAUUACCUCAAGAAAUUUCUUUCCUACUCAUGAAGUGGCUGUGUGAGUUACGAUUAACGAUUGUCGUCGUUUAUAUUGGGAAUUAUUUUUUUCUUACUUGUAAACAUAGGCAUAAUUGGUUAAAUCACGUAAUUGUUGGUGUCUCGGUUAUUCUUUCCAAUAGUAUUGUUCUAUUCAAUCAAAAUGUAAUGGUAAAUUUAAUUGGUUAAUACUAAGCUUCUCAAGUAUAAAGAUGUU